AUGGCCUCUGAAGAGACGCCCCUGGUCUCUCCUCACCCGGAGGAACGCGCUCUGACGUGGAGGGUAAUCGCGGCAAUUCUGUCGGGUACAAUUGCCUCGUUUGUUGCUGCUGCUGAUGGCACCAUAACCUCCACUCUAUCGUCAACGAUCGCAGGCGAGUUUCAUUCCCUCGCCAUCAUCUCAUGGCUUGGUGCCGGGUACCUCAUAGGCCAGGCCGCGACACAGCCAUUGACUGGAAAACUCAGUGACAUCUUUGGCCGGAAGCCCAGUUUUAUCUUUGCGACGCUGGUGUUCACUCUUGGUAACCUGACAUGUGGAUUUGCCCGUACGCGUACAAUGCUUAUUUUGGGACGGGUCAUUGCCGGUAUUGGGGGAGGUGGCUGUAGCUCGAUUGCCACCUAUAUCUCAUCUGAUCGUAUUCCACCCCGAUAUCGCGGUAUCUGGCAUAGUAUGUCCAUCAUCGCAUUCACUGGUGGUAUGGGCUGUGGAGCGGUGGUUGGAGGUGCGGUCAAUGAUGCUCUAGGCUGGCGAUGGGCGUUUAUUAUGCUUGCGCCAAUCUCGGUCACUGCUGGGACUUGUAUGGCUAUUUUUCUGCCCCAGGAAGAAAUGGGAAAUACCAGUUUCCGCCUCCGAUUGCGGCGAAUUGACUACGGAGGCUCAAUCACAUUGGUCUCGUCCUUAGCAUUGUUUCUUAUCUAUGUGAAUAGUGAAGAACGACAGUCGGUUAUUCCUCUGCUUCUGGCGGCGCUAUUAUUUGCCAUCUUCCUCACGAUCGAGUUACGCUUUGCUAAGGAACCCAUCAUUCCAUUGACUGUCCUGGGCCAGCCUACGGUGUUAGCAGCCUGUCUGUGCACUGCAUUUAUGUCAAUGACAAUGUACACGUUGAUGUAUUAUGUCCCUCUAUAUCUGCAGCUGCGGGGACACUCUACCAGUCAGACGGGAGUUCUGCUUCUCCCCGAGCCGAUUGGUGGUGGGCUGGGGUCUUUUACAGUUGGGCUUGUCACCAGUCUUUCUGGAAAGUACGGAAUUUGGAAGGUUAACCAGCCCAUGUGCAUCGUAAUUGGCUCGGUAGGAAUUGCAACGCUCUCCCUCCACUCACCACCUGUCUUGGCUAUGAUAUACCAGUUUGUUUACGGGUUCGGAUACGGUGGACUUCUAACUGUACUGCUCCUUGCUUUGCUCAGUGCAAUUCCGCAUGAAAUGCAGGCCACUUCGACAUCUGUACUACUUACAUUCCGAUCCAUUGGCCCAACCAUCGGACUGUCGGUUGCCGGCGUCUUGUUUCGCAACCGCCUCAACCAACCAACUGCAGACCCCAAUGAGCAAGGUCAAGUUGCCUCACCGAAUUCGACAGUCAGCUAUCAGCACUUACAUCAGUUCCAUGCUGAUGAUAGUAGCAACCAAUUCCAAGCUCGCCAUAUGUAUGCGCUGCAUGGCACUUUCCAGCUCGCCGCAGCCUUCGCGAUCGUGGGUUUCACUUGCGCCAUGUUUAUAAAAAAUCACAAGUUGAGAUCAUCCUUGCAGAAGAGGGAGAACACUGGGCCACAAAUUGAAAAUGAUGAAGCCCAGGAGCCUGAGCCUGUAUAG